AAAAAGAUAAAUGAUGAUUUGUUUCGAACAUGCAAAUGAAAACAAUAAUAUUUGUUUCGGCUAUUGUGAGUCUCGCGUGGUGUUCGAAAUUUCCUGGAAUUAGAACUACGGAACAUUUCGACAAUGCUUUGGAGCUGGACGCACAUGGGAACUAUCUACUCUUCUGGAACUUUAAUGACUCUCACGUGACGUUUGAACUGCAUGUAAAAACAAAAGGAUGGGUUGGAUUUGGCCUUUCAAGCAAUGGCAAGAUGUUUCCAGCGGAUGUUGUCGUAGGCUGGGUCCGGAAUAAUGGAUCGGUGUAUUUUUCUGAUCGCCAUACAACAGCACAUAGUAUGCCAGUGAUAGACAAAUCACAAGACUGGGAGUUACUCCAUGGCGAAGAGAAUGAAUUUGGCACAGUACUGAAAUUUGUUAGAAAAAUAAACACGUGCGACAAAGACGAGGACAAAGUGAUUCCACUAGACACAGUACGCCUCAUCUAUGCAUACGGUCAAAAUGAUCCAAGUGACGAUAACUCAAUUACAUAUCACGGCACAACACGUGGGACCAAGAGUGCAUCCAUUCUUAGUCCAGAAACUGCUGACAAAACCAAAUUACCUGACAAUGUUAAAUAUUUUGACUUUCGGAACGGCAAUUUUCUAGUACCAAGUGACAAGACAACCUACAACUGUAAAGGAUUUAAAAUACCAACGAUAGGGAAACACCACAUUAUCAAGUUCGAGGCAGUCAUAACACCAGGCAAUGAACAACAUGUUCACCAUAUUGCUCUGUACCGGUGUAAAGUAGCAGAUCCGGACCGCUGGGACGGGGUUUCAGGAAUGUGUUACAAGAACAGAAUCCUUCCACAAUGUUACGAACAGACCAUCGUCUGGGCAAUUGGGGGAGAGCCAUAUUAUUUUCCUGAUCACGUGGGAUUUCCGUUUGGAGGCCCGGAUGAAGAUUCUUUCUUUGUCAUGGAGACGCAUUACGAUAAUCCGACUCAAAAAGCGCACUUGAUCGACAACUCUGGUUUCCGGUUGACUAUAACAUCUAAUCUACGACGGUAUGAUGCUGGUUUGUUAACGCUUGGCACAGUAUCAGACGACACUCAGGUUGUGCCACCAGGCGUGACAGAUUACGUGUUCAAGACAUUUUGUACUGAAGACUGCUUAAAUCUGGGCGGAUUUUCAACUGAGGAAGAGAUGUGUAACUCGUUCCUGUUUUACUACCCCAGGAUAAAACUAUCGGGCUGCUUUUCACGUCCUAUGUUGGACAAUUUCCCAUUUGAUACGACAAACAAACACCAAGCGUUUGAGAACAUUGACUGGAGUAGUAAUUUGGACUACUUUCUGUCGCAUGCCAACAAUUGUACAAAUGAGCAGUACUGCAUCCCGACAGUUUUCUUUGUGAUGGCGGCGGUGGAGGUGGGCGGCGGCGGCGGUGGAGGUGGCGGUUGCGGCGGCGGUGGCGGCGGUGGCGGCGGCGGCGGUGGCGGCGGCAGCGGCGGCGGUGGCGAAAGCAAAUGUUCAUAUUAUAGCAAUGUGAAAAUGUGUCCCUUACUGCGCCUCAGUUACAAACCUCUUAUGGUAACAUAUAAAAAAAAGCCAGUCGAAAGGGAGAACGAUAAUUCGUUUAGACUGAGCAUGAAAACAAUAAUAUUUGUUUCGGCUAUUGUGAGUAUCGCGUGGUGUUCGAAAUUUCCUGGAAUUAAAACCACGGAACAUUUCGACAAUGCUUUGGAGCUGGACGCACAUGGGAACUACCUACUCUUCUGGAACUUUAAUGACUCUCACGUGACGUUCGAAGUGCAUGUAAAAACAAAAGGAUGGGUUGGCUUUGGCAUUUCAAGCAAUGGCAAGAUGUUUCCAGCGGAUGUUGUCGUAGGCUGGGUCCGAAAUAAUGGAUCGGUGUAUUUCUCUGAUCGCCAUACAACCGCACACAGUAUGCCAGUUAUAGACAAAUCACAAGACUGGGAGUUACUCCAUGGCGAAGAGAAUGAAUUUGGCACAGUACUGAAAUUUGUAAGAAAGAUAAACACGUGCGACAAAGACGAGGACAAAGUGAUUCCACUAGACACAGUACGUCUUAUCUAUGCAUACGGUCAAAAUGAUCCAAGUGACGAUAACUCAAUUACAUAUCACGGCACAACACGUGGGACCAAGAGUGCAUCGAUUCUUAGUCCAGAAACCGCUGACAAUACCAAAUUACCUGACAAUGUCACAUAUUUUGACUUUCGGAACGGCAAUUUUCUGGUACCAUCUGACAAGACAACAUACAAUUGUAGAGGAUUUAAGAUACCAACGAUAGAAAAACACCACAUUAUUAAGUUCGAGGCAGUCAUAACACCAGGCAAUGAACAACAUGUUCAUCAUAUUGUUCUAUACCGGUGUAAACUAGCAGAUCCGGACCGCUGGGACGGGGUUUCAGGGACGUGUUACAAGAACAGAAUCCUUCCACAAUGUUACAAACAGACCAUCGUCUGGGCAAUUGGGGGACAGCCAUAUUAUUUUCCUGAUCACGUGGGAUUUCCGUUUGGAGGCCCGGAUGAAGACUCUUUCUAUGUCAUGGAGACGCAUUACGAUAAUCCGACUCAAAAAGCGCACAUGAUCGACAAUUCUGGUUUCCGGAUGACUAUAACAUCUAAUGUACGACAAUAUGAUGCUGGUUUGUUAACGCUUGGCACAGUAUCAGACGACACUCAGGUUGUGCCUCCAGGCGUGACAGAUUACGUGUUCAAGACAUUUUGUACUGAAGACUGCUUAAAUCUGGGUUUCGCCAAAAGCAACAUGACCGAAAUUAAGGCAUUUGCCACACUCCAGCACGCACAUCUGAUUGCGACAGGAAUAACAACUAGACAUUACAGAAAUGGUACUGAACUGCCUCCUUUAAUUACAGAUGAAAAUUAUGACUUUAAUUUCCAACAAACACGCUCGUUCCCGAAGGAGGUGCCUAUAUUACCGGGUGACAGUUUACAAGUGGAUUGUAUAUAUGAUACCAAAAACAGGAAUACAACAACAUUUGGCGGAUUUUCAACAGAGGAAGAGAUGUGUAACUCUUUCGUGUUUUACUACCCCAGGAUGAAACUAUCGGGCUGCUUUUCACGUCCUAUGUUGGACAACUUCCCAUUUGAUACAACAAACAAACACCAAGCGUUUGAAAACAUUGACUGGAGUAGUAAUUUGGACUACUUUCUGUCGCAUGCCAACAAUUGUACAAAUGAGCAGUACUGCCUCGGACAUGAAGUACCGCUACAGUGGCCGUUCCCGAAGUUUCAGCCACCAGAAAACGAGAAGGAAUACGUUCCACCGACAAGUGGCUGUUCCUAAUGAUUUAAAUGUUUUAUGCUAUCCCUAAAGAGGAGUUUUAUUAUUUGGUAGUGUUCGUGUUUUAAAACUGAUAAUUAUUCAAAGAGAUCUCCCCCACCAACCCCCUAAACAAUCCUAUUCAAAUGUUUUUAAAUUUAUAAAAUAAACUUUAAUUAACAUUA